CUUCUGCUCUCCUUAGCACAGAGGGGGAGAGGGAGACUGUCUCUAUUUUAGCCAGGCUUAUCUGCCUGGGACAUAUAUCUCUGGCUUUUUAAGACAGCGAAGCUUUUGAGAGUUGUGAUAGGUGUACGGGGUUUGAACUUUUAAGGGAAUGCCACUUGUUGGUUCAGACCAGACGCACGCUGUCUUCACAUUCUGGUAACAUCUUGCGAAGGGUUUUGGCACUUCAAAAAUCUGAGACAAUCCAACUAAUAACGCAGGAAUUAGAACUUGGGAUUUCCUUUCAAUGUCAAGAAUGAGAGUAGCAGUGGUUGGUGCUGGGCUUAGUGGACUUGUUUCAGCUUAUGUUCUUGCCAGAGCGGGUGCUGAGGUUGUUCUGUACGAGAAAGAGGACUACUUGGGCGGCCAUGCUAAAACUGUCCGCUUCGAUGGUGUUGAUUUAGACCUCGGUUUCAUGGUCUUCAAUCGGGUAACGUGUCCAAAUAUGAUGGAGUUCUUUGAGAACCUUGGGAUAGACAUGGAGUUAUCAGAUGUGUCGUUCUCAGUGAGCUUAGACCAAGGCAAGGGUUAUGAAUGGGGAAGCAGAAAUGGGUUUUCAGGUUUGUUUGCUCAGAAGAAGAAUGUGUUAAGUCCGUACUUUUGGAAAGUGCUUCGAGAAAUUGUCAAGUUUAAGGAUGAUGUGCUCAGUUAUCUUGAGGUUCUUGAGAAUAACCCAGUUGUUGAUAGGAAUGAAACCUUAGGUCAAUUCGUCAAGUCAGGAGGUUACUCUGAAUUAUUUCAGAAGGCUUAUCUUGUUCCUGUUUGUGGUUCUAUAUGGUCCUGCCCUUCAGAAGGAGUCAUGAACUUUUCAGCUUUCUCUGUACUCUCAUUUUUCCGUAAUCAUCAUUUACUUCAGCUCUUUGGUCGGCCUCCGUGGCUCAGAGUAAGACGGCAAUCUCGUUCUUAUGUCAACAAGGUCAGAGAAAAGCUGGAAAGUUGGGGUUGCCAAAUACGAACUGGUUGUGAGGUACAGGCUGUUUCAACUACAGAUGAGGCAGGUUGUGCAGUACUCUGCAGAGAUGGCUCGCUAGAAAUGUACAGUGGCUGCAUAAUGGCUGUCCAUGCCCCAGAUGCUCUGGGAAUAUUAGGGGAGCAAGCAACAUUUGAUGAGACGAGAAUACUUGGUGCUUUCCAAUAUAUGUAUAGCGAAAUCUUCCUUCACCGUGAUAAAAAAUUUAUGCCCCAAAACUCAGCGGCAUGGUGUGCUUGGAAUUUCUUGGGAAGUACAGAGAAUAAAGCCUGUCUGACAUAUUGGCUGAAUGUGCUUCAGAAUAUUGAUGAAACAGGUCUACCUUUUCUUGUGACGCUUAAUCCCGAUAAUGCACCAGAUCAUACCUUACUCCAAUGGUCGACCGGUCAUCCAAUUCCAUCUGUAGCUGCCACAAAAGCUUCACUUGAACUUGAGCAUAUUCAAGGCAAGAGGAGAAUUUGGUUUGGUGGAGCCUACCAGGGUUAUGGCUUCCAUGAAGAUCGACUAAAGUCUGGCAUGGUUGCUGCACAUGGUUUGCUUGGAAAAAGUUGUGACAUUAUGAGGAAUCCAAAACAUAUGGUACCUUCUAUGUUAGAAACUGGGGCGCGCCUUUUUGUUACUAGAUUUCUUGGACAUCAUAUCUCUACUGGCUGUUUAACUUUGCUGGAGGAUGGAGGCACAGUUUUCUCCUUUGAGGGAACUUCUAAAAAAUGUUCUCUGAAAACUGUUUUGAAGGUUCACAAUCCGCAGUUUUACUGGAAGAUAAUGACACAGGCCGAUUUAGGCCUCGCAGAUGCAUAUAUCAAUGGUGAUUUUUCCUUUGUUGACAAAGAUGAAGGUCUUAUAAACCUUUUCAUGAUUCUCAUUGUAAAUAGAGAUGCUGAUAAUUCUACAUCCAAGUUGAACAAGAAAAGGGGCUGGUGGACACCAUUAUUAUUCACAGCUGGUAUUGCAUCUGCAAAAUUUUUCAUUCAGCAUGUUUCAAGGAAAAAUACUCUUACACAAGCUCGCAGAAAUAUCUCUCGUCAUUAUGACCUGAGUAAUGAACUUUUUGCUCUGUUCUUGGAUGAAACAAUGACAUACUCCUGCGCGCUAUUUAAGAAAGAAGAUGAAGACUUGAAAUCCGCACAGAUUCAAAAAAUAUCCCUUCUAAUCGAAAAGGCUAGAGUCAAUAAAGACCAUGAAGUUCUUGAGAUUGGUUGUGGCUGGGGAACCUUAGCUAUUGAAGUUGUCCAACGAACUGGAUGUAGAUAUACUGGCAUCACUCUAUCUGAGGAGCAACUAAAAUAUGCAGAAUUGAAAGUGAAGGAAGCGGGCCUCCAGGACAGUAUAAAAUUUCACCUCUGUGAUUAUCGCCAAUUGCCCAUGACCCACAAAUACGACAGGAUAAUAUCAUGUGAAAUGAUAGAAGCUGUUGGCCACGAAUACAUGGAAGAGUUUUUUGGUUGCUGCGAAUCAGUAUUGGACGAAAAUGGGCUUUUUGUCCUACAGUUCAUAUCAAUCCCGGAAGAAAGAUAUGACUUGUACAGGCAGAGUUCAGAUUUUAUUAAGGAAUAUAUAUUUCCUGGUGGAUGCUUGCCUUCAUUAACCAAGAUAACAUCAGCCAUGGCCUCUUCAUCAAGACUCUGUGUGGAGCACGUGGAAAAUAUCGGAAUUCAGUACUAUCAAACACUUAGAUACUGGAGAAAAAACUUCUUGGAGAAUCAGAGAGAAAUUCUUUCCCUGGGAUUCAAUGAAAAGUUCAUUCGAACAUGGGAGUAUUAUUUUGACUAUUGUGCAGCUGGUUUCAAGACACACACACUUGGAAAUUAUCAGGUUGUAUUUUCACGUCCUGGAAAUGUUGCUGCACUAAGCAAUCCAUACAGAGGUUUCCCUUCAGCAUACUGAUCCUUCUCUCUGAAGGAAGACAGCACCAACACAUGGAAGCCAGUCCAAGCAUUAAUUUCUCUGUUUUUCUGUGCUUCUUUGUCAAGUUAUGUUGAUCAUUUGUUGUCGGUGAUAAAAUCUUGCACCAAAUUCGAAGCUCUAAAUUAUUGCUUUGUCUGUUCUGUUCUGUUGUCAGUGAUCGAAUUAUUGCUUGGCCUGGCAAGUGGCAACUAUAAUUUUUUUAUUAUUUGAGGUGAGCGAGAAUCUUGCCUUUUGAUUUGGGAAAAAGAUUUGCUACGUGGCACAAAUUUAGGAUACAAUUUCGAUUCGCUUUUCAAAUAAAGAAUUUUGCUUUUGCUUU